UCCGUCUGUCUGCGAAAAAGUUCGGCUGGAAGAUGGACUGGGAGAAAUCCAAGUCUGAGUUGGACAGAAUUUUUUUCAAAGACUUCUCCUUCUUCAGUAGGGGCCGGGGGAGCGGAGAACUGGCAGAAUUUUGGUCGUUCUUCAAACGAUAUCAGCAGUUUCAGACAAGGCACACCGUCACUUCCAAUGCAAAGAAAACUCGAGGGGCUGUUUCGGAAAAAUUUGGCCUUCCUCGAGACUACGACAAAUCGUACCGGAUCCCGCUGUCCGUGGUGACACCUGACCUCUCGUACAAACUGCGAAGGGAGCAGGAGAAGAGAGAAGAGGGAGGGAGAGGGGCUCUGUCGCUCUCCAUGGAACAUCUCUCCCAGUUUCGCACCGCCCUCCGACACUUCAUAAACUUCAAACAGAAACAGAAAUUUGAGAAGUUGGUGAAGAUUCGAAGAGACCAGUCCAAUCUCCCGAUAUCUCAAUAUUCCUCUCACAUUCUGUCUGCAGUGGGGGCUCACCAGGUGGUCAUUAUAGCGGGAGACACUGGAUGUGGCAAAUCGACUCAGGUGCCCCAGUAUUUGCUGGGUGCGGGGUAUGGGAAGGUAGCGUGUACCCAACCACGCCGGAUCGCCUGCAUCUCCCUGGCCAAGAGGGUGGGGUUCGAAACGCUCAAAGAACACGGGACUGAAAUUGCCUAUCAGGUUCGUUUUGAAGGCAGUAAAUCUCCAGCCACAAAGAUUCUCUUUCUCACAGAAGGCCUCCUCCUGCGACAGCUGCAAACAGACCCCCUCCUCUCCUGGUACGAGGUCCUCAUCGUCGACGAGGUGCACGAGAGACAUAUCCACGGCGACUUUCUCCUCGGAAUACUCCAUGGCCUCGUUUACCGCCGGCCUGACCUCAAACUGAUACUCAUGUCAGCUACCAUCAACAUACAGCUGUUCUCUGGGUACUUUGACGAUGCCCCUGUCAUCAAGGUUCCAGGCCGGCUGUAUCCAAUAGAUCUAGAGUACGUACCACUGCCCUCAACUUGCCUGGGCCCUAGAGAUAAGGUGAAGAGAAGUGAUCGACUUGACCCAAAGCCGUAUCUGCAGGUUUUGAGGAGGAUUGACGAGCAGUACCCAGCCAACGAGAGGGGCGACAUGCUGGUAUUCCUCAGUGGAAUGAAUGAGAUUGCCUCACUCAUGGAAGAAGUCAAAACCUACGCCCAGCAGACUCAUCGCUGGAUUGUAUUGGCUCUGCACAGUGCUCUGUCUAUUGAAGAACAGGACAAAGUAUUUGAUGUUUCUCCCGAUGGCAUCCGUAAGUGCAUUCUCUCCACUAACAUCGCCGAGACCUCCAUCACUAUCGACGGCAUCAGAUUCGUCGUGGACUCGGGAAAGGUGAAGGAGAUGAGUUACGACAGCCAGGCCAAGAUGAGGAGACUACAGGAGUUCUGGAUCAGCAGAGCCAGCGCCGAGCAGAGGAAGGGGCGAGCAGGUCGAACUGGUCCUGGAGUAUGCUACAGGAUGUACUCCGACUCCGACUACGACUCGUUCAGUGAGUACUCCACUCCGGAGAUCAUGAGGGUACCCCUCGACUCCCUCGUACUCCAACUCACCGCUCUCGGGGUGUCCGACGUUAGGAAGUUUCCUUUCAUUGAACCUCCGUCACUGAGCAACAUUGAGACCUCUCUGGCCUUCCUCAAGGAACAGGGAGCUCUGUAUUGGAACGAGAGGCUGACUCCCAUUGGUCGGAUGUUGGCUCAGCUCCCUGUUGACAUCGUGGUGGGGAAAAUGCUUAUCAUGGGCACCUUGUUUCACGUGAUAGAGCCAGUUUUGACAAUGGCUGCUGCUCUAAGUGUCCAGUCUCCGUUUAGCCGAGUGCCUCUCGGGCAAAAUGACAUCACCGUGGCAAGAAGACCGCUGGAGUCAGAACACGGAGAUCCUUUUACUCUGUUGAACGCCUUUGAAGAAUGGGUGGAGAUUGCACCCCCUGUCUCUCUCUCCCCAGUUGAAGGGCAGUGGAGGGUCGACCAGCAGUCACCAGUGGUGCCGCAGGAGAGGACUGGAGCAACAGAGGUUCUACGAGAUGGCGAAACUACGACAACAGUUUCAAGAAAUCCUCCAGGAGCAUGGGUUGCUAGGAGACAGGGGAGGGGGGAUGAGGAGAAGAGGACGAGGGGAACGGUUGACAGACGAGCAGCUGACGGGCCUGAGACAGGCGCGGAAGAGACAUCGCACGGAGAACAGGAAAAGGAAGAUGCUCAGGAUGGAUGAGGAAGGAGGAGCUCAGAGUGACAGUGAAGAGGUGCACAGUGGAACAGCUGAACUGAGAGAUCUCGAAUUUAAACUUUUCCACAACCUCUCCGAUCUACAGGAGGCGUCUGCUCUAAGACAGAGUUUCUCUCUCAGAGAUUUGAACGUCUUGAAACUUGUGGUUUGCAGUGGUCUGUAUCCUCAACUGGCCAUCUCAGACGACUGCAACUCAUACCGCAAGGACUCAGACCAAGUGUUCCACACCAAGUCGAAGCAGUUUGUUGUUCUGCAUCCGACCAGUGUAUUUGCCACUAACCCUGAAUACAUCGAUCCAGGACAGAGAAAGAGCAAAGGGAGUACCCAGCCAGAGCUACUUUCCUACGUUGAUCUACUGGAAACCAACAAGCCCUAUCUGGUGAACAGCAUGCGCGCCCCUGCUCUUCAGACCCUCACACUAUUCUCACAGAACAUCGACACCAACUCUGACUGCACCAGGUUGGUGGUGGAAGAGUGGUUGGAGUUGAAGUUUGUGGAGGCCAGCUCUGGUCAACAGGUUGUGUCGUGUAUCCAGACCCUACGGAAUACAUGGAGCAGUAUGCUGGAAGCCAAACUUGAGUCCUCCAUGAAGAGAGGUGAGUCCGAAAGAGACUACAGACUUGAGAAGAAGGUGUCGGCACUGGAGGAACUGCUGGCCUCAAAACUGGCGGAAUUCCUCGACGGUGUCUUUUCCUACUCUCUCUCCCAGCUGUCGUCGGUCGCCAAGACCCACCUCUACAAGGGUCCACCCGACGUCACGGCAACAACUCCAACCAAAACCGAUUCUUCUUCUUCUGUCUCAUUCGUGUCCUCCGAAUCCAAGCCACACCCACUAAAGGGUGGAUGGAUUAUUCAAGAGUACCUUACCUAUGACUGUCUUCUAGAGGAGGGAUUGGCAGCCGCUAGGUCAGAUAACUACCUGAGGAGAGUUUGGAGCUGUCCGACAUGUGGGAAGACACUUGUCAUCUCCCUCGCCGAGCAGCUGCAACACCAGGCUUCUUGCCUUGUCCAGCCUCAGACAGAUGAAGGUGAGCAGUUAGAGGAGGCUGCCAGUGCGGCAUUAACCAGAGACUACCACUGCCCAGUGUGUGGAGAGACCAAGAGACUGUCGUCCAUUGGCAUCCUCAAACACAAACGAAUGCAUGCUCAACAGCAGCAGCAAGGAACAGGGCAAUAGAUUGUGCAUGAAUCAAAUCUCUACUCAAUGUUGCAUUGCUGUUUUUACAAGCGGAUAUACGGAAAUGUCCACUGUUUCACACGCGAGUAUGCACACGCGGAUAUACGGAAAUGUGCACUGUUUCCGGAUACUUCCAAUCACCCCCCGCCGCCCCCACUUCUGCAUGGGCUUUAUCAGUCCUUUUGGACUCCAGAGUCCAGACUGUUGCUACUAUUAACACCAGGAUCUAGGACCGCAUGUUAGGCGCGGCGUCCUGCACGACACGCAGAAGAGGAAGAGGCAGCAUGGCGACGGAGGAAGACGAGAUCCAGCUGGUGGAUCGGGCGGGCGGCGCGGAGGAAGACGCGGGGAUCUUCGACCGAGACGAGGACCCGCCGCCGUGCCUGAGGAUAGACUACGGCGGCGGGGAGGAGGAGGAGGAGGAGCCGCGAGUGGAGGACGAAAAGCAUAUCAAGCACCCUGGGAAGUUCAGGCUGAGGCUCCGGAAACUCCGUUCGUCUCGGAGCAAACGUUGGUACUGGUGGACCACCCUUUUUAUUCUCACGAUAAUGAUGAUCUUACUCAUCGCCGUCCCACUCGGCAUCUGGUCAGACAAACGAAAGGAGACCUGCUUCGACUAUGAAAGCGACGACGAGUCUUCUGAAGAGUACCCGUUUCUAUUUCUCCCCAACAAAGGACAGUUCUUUCUCUGCGAGAAGGGGAAAACAAAGCUAAAGGGUUCCUUGGCGCAGCACCACAGCUACAUAAAGGAAGAACGUGUCGAUGUCUACGUAUACACUGCUGAUACGGUGCUCAACAUCACAAGGAUGAACGAAAACUGUCUCCAGAUGGAAUGGAGCGGUAUAUCGUCGUCCGGCGAACCCCUAGUUGAUUG